UUAAAUACAGUAGGUGGCUUCAAUACAUUGUAUUGUAAGAGAAGAGCGGGCCCGCCACCAGCACCCUCGAACGCAGCAACACUCGCCACGCCCCGAGCCUCGCCUGUCCCGCCCCUUCAGCCUUUGCCCCGCCCCCUGGCCAGGUCGCCCCUCCCUUCGGCCGGGCCCCGGGCCCGUCGGACGCACGCCGGACUCAACGGGGCGCUUUCCAAGAUGGCGCGCGUGCUGAAGGCGGUGGCCGUGAGCUCGUUAGGCCUAGGGCUUUUUUCCAGACUUCAAAUUCCAUUUCCAACAGUAAGAAUGUUUUCCACAUCACAGUCCUCGCAUCAAGUGGCAGGUCCUGUGUGGAACCUGGGUCGCCUCAAUCAUGUAGCAAUAGCAGUGCCAGACUUGGAAAAGGCCAAGGCAUUUUAUGAGAAUGUACUGGGGGCCCAGGUAAGUGAGGCCGUCCCUCUUCCUGAGCAUGGAGUAUCUGUUGUUUUUGUCAACCUGGGAAAUACCAAGAUGGAACUGCUUCAUCCGUUGGGAAAUGAGAGUCCAAUUGCAGGCUUUCUGCAGAAAAACAAGGCUGGAGGAAUGCAUCACAUCUGCAUUGAGGUGGAUGAUAUAAAAGCAGCUGUGAUGGAUUUGAAGGAAAAGAAGAUCCGUAGUCUAAGUGAAGAGGCCAAAAUAGGAGCACAUGGAAAACCAGUGAUUUUUCUCCAUCCUAAAGACUGUGGUGGUGUCCUUGUGGAAUUGGAGCAAGCUUGAUAUAUAUUUGCAAGAAACUAAUUGGGCUGAAAAAGCCUCAUCAAAAUGUACUUUGGCAUUGAGUCCUUUACUGCUUCUAUCACUUUUCAAAGCUAAAAAGUAAAUUGCACAAAGAGAUUUUUUAAAUUAUUCAUAUAUAUGUUCGUUAAUUACUUUGGAUUUUUUUUCCUGAUUUGGAGAAAACCUUGAUUACUGAAUACUUGGGGAAUAUUAUUAAAAUCAUAUUCAUAGAAAUAAAUUAUUUCUGUUC